UACACUAGUUUGCUUAUUUGCUUUAGUAGGGAACCCAUGACACCGUGAAGCUUCAUUUGUAUGGUGGCAGCUGUAGAUUGUACGUUACUCUCCUCUGCGAUUGAGCAGCUCAACGCGUCAUUAGAUGGCAUCCAGAUUGGGCUAAUUCCCAGCUUCUCCCUCCAGAACCCCCACAAUGCGGUUCAGCGAACGAACCUCCCUCCUAUCCUCCCUUCUCCUCACAGUUCCUUCUCUAUCUUCGGCCUUUUAUCUUCCGGGUGUCGCUCCCACGUCGUACGAUGAAGGCCAAACUGUGCCGCUCUAUGUCAAUCACCUUACUCCGGGCUUAGCGCGACAAGAUGACCAGCUUCAUUCCGUCUUUGCGUAUGACUACUAUCAUCCGGCCUUACAUUUCUGUGCCCCAGAAGGCGGACCGAAAGAUGUACGAGAAUCGCUAGGCAGCAUCCUGUUCGGAGACCGCAUCCAGACCUCCCCGUUCGAAAUACACAUGGGCAAAAACGAGACUUGCAAGGCUGUCUGCAAAGAGCAGGCUGUAUUCGAUGAGCGGGGUGCCAAGUUCACGAACCGGAGAAUAUCGCAGGGGUACAACAUCAAUUGGCUGGUUGACGGACUUCCUGCGGCCCAGCUGAAUUUGGACUCGGUUACCAAGUCUGAGUUCUACAGCCCCGGGUUUGCUUUGGGAACAUUGGAUGACAAUGGCCAAUCGUUGCUCAACAACCACUUUGAUAUUUUGAUUGAUUAUCAUCGUGUCAGCCAAGGCAACAAGGAAAAGUACAGGGUGGUCGGGGUUCUGGUUCAGCCUGAAUCACGCCGGGAUUCGAAAGUUCUUGGGGAUGGAAAUGUUGAGUGUGGUGCUCAGGGCGCGCCCAUGACUUUGAGUGAGGAGGCUGAUACUGGAGUCACUUGGACCUACAGCGUGUAUUGGCGCGAGUCAGAGACGGCAUGGGCCACUCGCUGGGACAAGUACCUGCAUGUCUACGACCCGAAAAUCCACUGGUUCUCCCUCAUCAACUCUGCUGUUUUUGUUGUCUUCCUGGUUGGAAUGGUCAGCAUGAUUCUUCUCAGGGCUCUCAGAAAGGAUAUCGCUCGGUAUAACCGACUGGAUGUGAUCAAUCUGGAGGAUCUGGAUGGAACCUCGGCCGCCGUCGAGGAUGGAAUUCAAGAAGACUCGGGCUGGAAGCUGGUCCACGGUGAUGUUUUCCGGUGCCCUCAGUCGCCCUUGCUGCUUAGCGUGCUUGUGGGCAAUGGCGCUCAGCUCUUUAUGAUGACUGGUGUAACAGUUGUGUUUGCUCUUCUUGGCCUUUUGUCCCCCUCUAAUCGGGGUUUCUUGGCUACUGUCAUUCUCUUGAUUUACACCCUCUUUGGUUUUAUUGGAGGAUAUGUGUCCGCUCGGGUCUACAAGUCGUUUGGUGGAGAAGCUUGGAAGCGCAACAUUAUCAUGACUCCCAUUCUGAUCCCAGGUGUCAUCUUUGGCACGUUCUUCUUGCUAAACUUGUUCGUUUGGGCCAAGGGAUCCAGUGGUGCUGUGCCGUUCACAACGAUGCUCGCCCUGGUUCUGAUCUGGUUCGUGAUCAGUGUUCCGUUGAGUGUGGCCGGUAGCUGGUUGGGAUUCAAGCAAAAUCCCAUCGAAGGUCCAACAAAGACAAACCAGAUUCCUCGCCAGGUCCCUCCGAUGAGCGGAAGUCUCCGUACCAUUCCCUCCCUGCUCUUGACGGGCAUUUUACCGUUUGGAGCUAUCUUUGUCGAACUCUACUUUAUCAUGACCUCGCUUUGGACCAAUAAGAUCUAUUAUAUGUUUGGAUUUUUGUUCCUCUGCUACGGUCUAAUGAUCAUGACCUCUGCCGCCACGACUGUUUUACUGGUGUAUUUCUUGCUCUGUGCAGAGAACUACCGGUGGCACUGGAGAGCAUUUGCUGGUGCGGGUAUGACGGGCGGAUAUGUGUUCGUCAAUGCGCUCGUUUUCUGGGCGACCAGAGUGAGCUUUGGCGGACUUACGGGAGCAGUUCUCUAUGUGGGAUACUCGGCUUUGAUUGGAUUCAUAGUUUUUAUCUUGACUGGAUCCAUUGGUUUCUUUGCCAGCUGGGCGUUUGUGCAGCGCAUUUACGGCUCGAUCAAGGUCGACUAAAUUGUCCAAAUUGUCUCUGGGUCUUUUCUUGACUUUUGAUACCCUCCGACCAUGAAAGGGAGGCUCAGCAUACCUUCUCACCGCCAGAAUAGCCGUUCUUAGGGUCUCGUGGAUCGAUGUCCGUUCGGGCUACACCGGGGUCAGUGCCCCUCCGUUCACCAUGCAGCUGGUUCGUUAGAUCCAUGUUGAAUCGAGGCCACACAGCGACAUUCUUCACCUCCACACUCGCAGGGGGGUGCUGAGGUUCAUAGAAGGAGGGAGUCGAUCGAUCGAUUUUCGUGCUUGUUUUGGAUAUCCCUGUAUAGUUGGCUUUUUUGCAUGAACAAUUUUCUUAUUUUUCCCUCUCCAUUUUUCCAG